CCUCCGGACCUCCUGGCGUUUCGAUUCAAUUGCACCUUUUAUUAUUUUAACUCUUCUCGGGAGGACAAGCAUCCCUCGGAUCCGUCCCUGCGGCAUGGGCAGCCCUGCUCCCGCGCGCCGGCAUGCGAGAGCGAGGAACCUGCCCGCGUUCGGUCAGCGUGUGCGGGGAGGUUGAGCAGCGCUGUCUGCUGCUGCGGCGAGUCUGAGGACAGGCUGGAGGGAAGGAGAGGCAGGUGGAUAGUCUGGGUAUGGUGACAGGACGAUGUUGGCCAGAAAGAGCAUCAUCCCGGAGGAGUAUGUGUUGGCUCGCAUCGCCGCGGAGAAUCUGCGCAAGCCGCGCAUCCGCGACCGCCUCCCGAAAGCCCGCUUCAUCGCUAAGAGUGGGGCCUGCAACCUGGCGCACAAGAAUAUCCGUGAGCAAGGGCGCUUCCUGCAGGACAUCUUCACCACCUUGGUAGACCUGAAAUGGCGCCACACGCUGGUCAUCUUUACAAUGUCCUUCCUCUGCAGUUGGCUGCUCUUCGCUAUCAUGUGGUGGUUGGUGGCUUUUGCCCAUGGGGACAUCUACGCUUACAUGGAGAAGAGUGGAAUGGAGAAAAGUGGUUUGGAGUCUGCUGUGUGUGUGACUAACGUCAGGUCAUUCACCUCUGCUUUUCUCUUCUCCAUUGAGGUUCAAGUGACAAUUGGAUUUGGAGGGAGGAUGAUGACAGAGGAAUGCCCUCUGGCCAUCACCGUUUUGAUUCUCCAAAACAUUGUGGGUUUGAUCAUCAAUGCCGUCAUGUUAGGCUGCAUUUUCAUGAAGACAGCUCAGGCUCACAGAAGGGCAGAGACUUUGAUUUUCAGCCGCCAUGCUGUGAUUGCUGUCCGAAAUGGUAAGCUGUGCUUCAUGUUCCGAGUGGGCGACCUGAGGAAGAGCAUGAUCAUUAGUGCCUCAGUGCGCAUCCAGGUGGUCAAGAAAACAACUACACCUGAAGGGGAGGUGGUACCCAUUCACCAACUGGACAUACCUGUUGAUAACCCUAUCGAGAGUAAUAACAUCUUCCUGGUGGCCCCUUUGAUCAUCUGCCAUGUGAUUGAUAAGCGCAGUCCGCUGUAUGAUAUCUCAGCAACUGACCUUGUCAACCAGGACCUGGAGGUCAUUGUUAUUCUAGAAGGAGUGGUCGAAACAACCGGCAUCACCACGCAAGCGCGAACCUCCUACAUAGCAGAGGAGAUCCAGUGGGGCCACCGCUUUGUGUCCAUUGUGACUGAGGAGGAAGGAGUGUAUUCUGUGGAUUACUCCAAGUUUGGCAACACUGUUAAGGUGGCAGCUCCACGGUGCAGUGCCCGGGAACUGGAUGAGAAGCCUUCCAUCCUCAUUCAGACCCUCCAAAAGAGUGAACUGUCCCAUCAAAACUCUCUGAGGAAGCGUAAUUCCAUGAGGAGAAACAAUUCCAUGAGAAGGAGCAACUCCAUUCGAAGGAACAAUUCUUCCCUCAUUGUGCCAAAGGUGCAGUUUAUGACUCCAGAAGGAAAUCAGAACACAUCAGAAUCAUGACAGCAGGGCAACCUCAUGACAGGAGUUUUACUGUGAGUGUCAGAUGCCCUGUCACACUAAACCAGAGCUAUAGCACAAUGACGUGGCUUACGUUUUAAUGCACUAAAAGAUUUUCUUAUUCAAGAAAUUGCACUUUCUGUAUUAAUAAACAACACA